CUAGCACGCUCGUCGAGUACGCGCACACAUAGUGCGCAUCAUCUCGCAUUUUGAGCCAAAAGAGGACGCGCCAUUUGCGACACUCACUCGUGGGGGGGGAGGACGGAGGAAGGCUCAAGAUGCAGUGAAACAUCGAGGAGGGAGGAGGUUUUUGGCUGAUUCGUGUCGAAAAUGAGCUUGAUCCAAGGCGGGCACGACGUCGUCGUCUGCGGCCCCAGAGUGGAAGCGGUUAGAGGCGGCCUCACUGCAGACAACGGCGGCGGGGGGCCGAGGCUCCAGCCGAGCGCGCAGCCUCCUCCGGGUGGCGGCGGUCGGAGCAAAGAUGCCCGCUCCCACCACCGCCACUACCAUCACCACCACAGCAGCGGCUGCGGCACCUCCAUGCUCAAGCAGCCGUCGCACAACGAGCCCGCCGACGUCGUGAGGCGGGCGUUAGACUUCAAGUGCCAGGGCACGCAGUGCUACAAGGACAAGAAGUACCGCGAGGCUAUCGGCAAGUACCACCGAGCGCUGCUGGAGAUGAAGGGGCUUUGCCGGGUGCUCGGCGACCCGGACGGAGGUGGGUCCAAGUCGUUGCUGGCCGCCAUCGGCAAAUCCAGCCCGCUGACAGAUGAGCAGAAGGGAGCCAUGGAGAACGCAGAGCUUGAGUGCUACAACAGUCUGGCCGCCUGCCUUCUCCAGAUGGAGCUAGUCAACUAUGAGCGCGUGAAGGAGUACUGUCUGAAGGUGCUACACAAGGAGGGCAAAAACUUUAAGGCCCUGUACCGCUCGGGUGUGGCCUACUACCACCUAGGGGACUUCCAGAAGGCCCUCUACUACCUGAAGGAGUCGCACAAGCAGGAGCCCUCAGAUACAAACGUCAUUCGCUACAUUCAGCUGACGGAGAUGAAGAUCCGCCGCAGCACUCAGAGGGAAAAGAAAGACGCCGCAUAACAACAAAACAAAAACAACACUCCACCACGAACGACUUUUCCCAACUCAUCCCCACUUCCCGUCCCGCCUCCUUGCUGUGUGCUGCCCGAACUUGUCAUUGUAUAGCAGUAAGGAAUGUUCCAACGCGACUUGAAACACAGUCUGUGCACUUAGCAACGGUUAAAGGGUAUAAAUGAUCUCUUUUCCCUCACUGCGUCAAAAUUCCAAUCACUGCCAGUCCUAAUGUACUCUGAGGAGGAAGCACAGCAUCAAGCACACCAUCGCCACUAUGAAUUAUAGAGAUACAUAUCACAGACCUGUACAUAGAAAUGGAAAAAGAAUAAUUUCUUGGUGAUGAAUACCAAAAACAAAGCACUUGGAUCACCAUAUUGAAUAUGACUAAACACUGUAUGUAUUGGAUGUACAGUAUGUUGUCGUUGUUUGUAUUGAUGGUUGUUGUGAUGAUUGUUUUGUAAUUAUUAUUUAUACAUAGAAAUCCUGAGAAGAAAUGUACAAUAAUAAAAAAAAAGAAAAAAAAAAAAGCUAUUUUUGUGAUUAUUAAUAGAAGUUACCCAUACAUCGGGUACUAACGCACUUGUAUAACUUUCAUGAACCCCAAUCAGAGGCAAAUUUAUAUAAAAAUAAUGUAAAUAAUGUCUGGAAAAAGUAUUUUGUGCUACUAUCAUUUUUAAGAUAUUUACAAUUCUUUCAUAGGUCAACCAGCCCCCCCAUUUGAUUAAAAAAAUGGCUAAAAAUGGCGUCAAUCGUUUAAGCUGUAAAAAUGUUAGCGCUUCUAUAGUUUUUGAGAUACAGUGAUCAGUUUUUCACGGUUAAUGGGGACCAGAACCCGCCGCCAUAAUUGGAAAAACCGCAAAGUAGCCCCCCACCCCAAAAAGAAAAGAACAAAAAAAAUUUUUUUUUGUGUGUUCAAUGUAUUUAUUUAGAUUUAGCAUUGAAAACAGAUAUAAUACAUAUAAUGUAAUGUUUCACUCCCCCCCAAAGUAUGAUUAAAACAAAAACGUGUGUGUAUGUAUAUUAUAUAUAUUAGGGCUGUCAAAGUUAUCGCGUUAACGGGCGUUAAUUAAUUUUUUAAAUUAAUCACGUUAAAAUAUUUGACGCAAUUAACGCAGCUGCCCCUCUCAGAGAGAUUUAAAUGACAGUACACAGUGAAAAGCUCACUUGUUGUGUUUUAUGGAGUUUUGCCGCCCUCUGCUGGCGCUUGGGUGCGACUGAUUUUAUAGGCUUCAGCAUCCAUGAGCAUUGUGUAAGUAAUUAUUGACAACAAUGGCGGGCUACUAGUUUAUUUUUUGAUUGAAAAUUUUAUUAAAACAAAAACAUUAAGAGGGGUUUUAAUAUAAAAUUUCGCUAACUUGUACUAACAUUUUUCUUUUAAGAACUACAAGUCUUUCUAUCCAUGGAUCGCUUUAAAAGAAUGUUAAUAAUGUUAAUGCCAUCUUGUUGAUUUAUUGUUAUAAUAAACAAAUAGUCCUUAUGUACCGUAUGUUGAAUGUAUAUAUCCAUCUUGUCCAUCCAUCCAUCCAUCUUUCCAUUCCAACAAUAAUUUACAGAAAAAUAUGGCAUAUUUUAUAGAUGGUUGGAAUUGUGAUUAAUUAUGAUUAAUUAAUUUUUAAGCUGUAAUUAACUCCAUAAAAAUUUUAAUCGUUUGACAGCCCUAAUAUAUAUAUAUAUAUAUGAAUAAAUAAAUAAAUGUUUUAAACAUGUUACUUUCCCACCAAAUAUUUUUAAAACGUAGAAAAAUGCUUGUCUUUAUUAAAUAAUUCAUUGAGUGAGUCCACUCAAAUCUGUUCACUUACACACAAUGAGUUGCCAAAGCAACUGUUUAAGAAGUUACACGAUGAUUGACGCAUGCGGCGCUUUACAGUUUUGGCUUCCAAGCGUCUCUACCAAGAUCAAACCUUAACGUCCGUCAAUCAUUGUUAAUUUUAAUAAGCAACUCUAGUGCACUGCCUGACCAAGAAAAGUGGCAGGAGCGAAAGAGACUAUGUGAUCAGAUCAGGGCAGCUGUAUAAAACACUGCAUUUAUUUACUCUUUUUUUUUUUUUUUUUUUUUUUAAAACGAAAAAAAAAAUCCGCGAAGGACUGAGGGAACGAAGUAGCGAAGGAUCAUUAUAUUAAUUUCGAGUGAUGACGUCAUGCAAACCCUUAUCUAUUGCAAAAUGGACCUGAAAUGGUGCCAUUCAAUUGAGCUUGUCUGUGCUGUAAAAUUUUUUGUUUGUGCUGCUAGUUUUUUAGAUAUUGAGAUAUUUUAUCUAGAUGCUGAAUACCUCUCUGUUAUUAAGUGAGUUGGUAUAAUCCGUCAGCCACGAUUGACGUCAUCAAUCGAAAUGAAUAUCUCAAUAUCUAUAAAACGAUAGGAGCACAAACAACGCAUAAACCCCAGAUAUGAGGCAAUACACACCCCUAGUAAAUCUCAUGUUAAAAUGUAGUAAAUUUCAUCUUUCCAUUUUUUCUUCUUCAUAUUUUAACCCCUUCAGAACGAAGCAUGCUGCUGAAGGACAUGACGUGUUCGCGUCUAAACCAGUAAAUACACUGAAUUUAGUUGCUAUUGCCACUUCUGGGAGAUGAUUGGAUGAAACUACCCAUCGAAAACAAAUUAUGAGGUUUGGCACACCUUCUUUGCUUUCUUUGGCUCUUUGAAAAUAGCUGACUAAACACAAUUUCAAAAAGGAGAACGUAAAGAGCUCAUUUCUCAUUAAAAACACAUGAACAUUAAAAAUAAGCAAUAAAAGCAUGAAAUAUCGCCGACCAAAACAUUUUCACUUUGUUCUGGUGUUUUGAGUGAAAAUGAGCGAUUUUUUUUUUGCCCAGCAGAAAAAAAUUGGGUCUGAAGGAGUUACAUUUUAACGUGAUAAAUGUCAUGUUUAACACAUACUAGCAGUAUAGUCCGGCAUUGCCGGGCAUACUACUUAUGCUCGGUUGUUGGGGCCAAGGUUUGUUUAAUCGAUACAUAAGAAACCUCAAAAUCAGGGCUUCCACAUGAUUUCUUUUUUUUUUUUAAAUGUAUGCUGAAUGGAUUUAUCGAGCAGUAUGGCCUGGCAUUGCUCGGGUCAAAAUUGGCAUUUUCUAUGCUAGUUUUUAGAGUUUCAAAUUAAUUUUCGGCACUAAAUGGAGGCCUACAGAGAUCAAACCCAACUAAGAUCUCUCCCAGACACAAAGUACAGCUGUGUAAAAUAUCGUUAAAAUCUGCGCAGCUGAUUCGGAGUCCAUAGGGAAAGAACACAUACAAGUUUCAUCUAUACACACACACACACACACACACACACACACACACACACACACGCGCACACACACACACACACACGCACACACGCACACACGCACACACACACACACACACACACACACACACAGUGCCCUCCAUAAUUAUUGGCACCCCUGAAAAAGAUGUGUUUUUUAGAUUCUAAAUUUUUUUUUUUUAAUUAUUCAAAUAAUAUGGGGCCUUAAUGGAGAAAAAAAGAGAAAAUCCAACCUUCAAUACCCGAAAAAAUCCCACAUAAAGAAAAAAUUAUUUGACAUCAAAUAAUGUGUAUCACAAUUAUUAGCACCCCUGGUGUUAAUACUUUGUUCAACCCCCUUUUUGCAAAGAAAACAAGGUCUGGGGACUGAGAUGGCCAUGGGAAGAGCUUGAUUUUGUGUCUGGUGAACCAUUUCUGUGUAGAUUUGGCCAUAUGUUUAGGGUCAUUGUCUUGCUGAAAGACCCAGUGACGACCCAUCUUCAGCUUUCGAGCAAAGGGCAACAGAUUUUGAUUUAAAAUGUCCUGGUAUUUCAAAGGAUUCAUGAUGCCAUGCACCCUAACAAGGUUCCCAGGGCCUUUGGAAGCGAAACAGCCCCACAGCAUCACUGACCCACGCCCAUACUUCACAGUGGGUAUGAGGUGCUUUUCAGCAUGCGCAUCUUUCGUGGCACACCAGACCCACUUAGAGUGUUUGUUGCCAAAAAGCUCAAUCUUGGUCUCACACAAAAAUACACACGGUCCCAGGCUUCAACUGGGACCAUGUGCUUUGGUCAGAUGAUUUUCACAUUUCAAGGUGGUAAACUUCAUAUAGUAAAGCGGAAAAUUUUUCAAAUAUCAGCAUGAAAAAAAAAACGUGUUACGCUUCACCUUUUAACACGUCACAAUAUUGCGCAAAAAAUUUCACACAGUGCAAUGUUUUCCACGUUUUCACUUGAUAAAUUUAUUGGUAAAAUGUGAUAUCGCAUCAAAACUUGAAAUUAAUCUCAUUAAGACAUGUAAUCUAUUGUGUUGAAACGUGAAAUGUUUAUCAUGAGGAAAAACUCAAUUUUUUUCCUGGUGUACGCUUCUGUGCAGAAAGGAGACAACAGUGAAAUAACUUAAAUUGUGUUUUAAUUGUGCAACUCUCCACUUCACUCGUUUUGUCCAGUACAGGGGAGGGAACAUUCAUGCACAUCAGCUAGAUUAACAUUUCUCACACACGUUGUGAGUCACAGCAGCAAAUGGAUCUUAUGUUGUCCUUGUGUUAUGCGCUGGAGCAAACUUUAUACAUACUGUAGCAUUCAAGUAAACGUGAAUGGGGUGAGAUGAAGAUGACAAAAACAGAAAAAUUAUGCUUAAUUGCAUCAAAAUUGAUUUUGAAAUGGAAAAUGAAAACUAAAGUAUACUUAUUUCAGUACAUUUUUAAAAUUCGCAAUAGUUUGUCAUUUAUUUCAAUUGGAGCUCUGUGAUGCCAUUUUUUCCCGUGCUGAAAAGUCUGAAGGUCCUUGAUCCUUUUUUAAAUUGGUACUUGAAUAACAUUUUAAUGAAUCUCAAUUUUCAUUUGUAUUCUUUUUGAUUUGUAGAUUUUCCUUUUCAAUUCGGGAGCCUCAAGUUAUAUAAAAUCUGCUACAUAUUUGCGCAACAUGUAAAUCAGGGGUCCCCAAACUACGGCCCGCCUCCACAUUUGGUCCUGCCCCCUGAACAAUUCCCCCCCCAAAUAGUGUUAUUUAUUUCCUGGCUUUUUUUCUGUGAAGAACCCAGAGAGGGUUAUUUGGUUAUUAUUAUCUAUUUCAUGAAUGGUAUUAUUAUUAUUUAUUAUUAUAUUAUAUUUAGGGCUGUCAGACGAUUAAAAUUUUUCAUUGCGUUAAUCGCAGCUUAAAACUUAAUCGUAAUUAUUCGCAAUUAAAAACCAUCUAUAAAAUAUGCCAUAUUUUUCUGUAGAUUAUUGUUGGAAUGGAAAGACAAGACGUAUAGAUUCAACAUACUUUACAUAAGUACUGUAUUUAUUAUAACAAUAAAUCAACAAGAUGGCAUUAACAUUAUGAACAUUCUGUUAAAGCGAUCCAUGGAUAGAAAGACUUGUAGUUCUUAAAAGAUAAAUGUUAGUACAAGUUAUAGAAAUUUUAUAUUAAAACCCCUCUUAAUGUUUUCGUUUUGAUAAAAUUCGUAAAAAUUUCAAACAAAAAUUUAAACUAGUAGCUCGCCAUUGUUGAUGUCAAUAAUUACUCAAUGCUCAUGGUGCUGAAACCCAUCAAAUCAGUCUCACCCAAGCACCAGCAGAGGGCGCCAAAACACCAUUAAAAAACAAGUAACAAAUGGACAUGACACUGUGCUGUCAUUUUAAUCUGUUUGAGCGGUCAUGUGCGUUAAAUGCGUCAAAUAUAUUAAUGUGAUUAAUAAAAAAAAUUAAUUACCGCCCGUUAACUCGAUAAUUUUGACAGCCCUGAUUAUUAUUAUUUUUUUAAUUUUAUUUACUUUUGUUCCGUGAAGAAUCCAGAAAGGGUUAUUUGAUUGUGGCUUUCUGAAAAAUAAUACAUUUUUAUAUUUAGGCACUCCUGCACACUUUUUCUGUUACAAACUGACCCGGCCCCUCAUCAGAGAAGGGAAAAGUUAUGUGGCCCUCACAGGAAAAAGUUUGGGGACCCCUGAUGUAAAUAGUAACCUAAAUCUAAAUAGAUAAAUAAACAAUUAAGUAAAUGCUGAUUUCAGUACAUUCUUUUAAAGUCAAAUUUUCGUUUUUUGUUGUUGUUGUCGAAUGGAGGACUCAUUUUAUGACAAUUUUGUGAGCUACUUCAACAUUUGAGAGUAAAGUGUUUUCAUAAUCUUGUGGUAAACAGCAUCAUUUCCCAUUGAUGAAUUGUGAUCAUCAUAAAAGAAAAAUACAUUUGGAAACAAUGAAUUUAAAGUGAGAUAAUGAAUAAAAAGAUUCAAAAACAUGCUUGUGUUUGACCACUCCUCACCCAACACUGGGUAUAUAUGAAGGUAAUAAUGGUUGUUACCUAAAAGUUGGAUGCAAACAAGCUGCUAUGUUGCUGCUUUAGUACUAAUUUGUGCAUUCGUCAAGUGUCGAUUACUAAAACGUGAAAGCCAACAAACAGUCAAUCGGAUGCAUGUACAUUCAAUUUUUAGGGGUCUUGGUGCUCAUCGUGGAUUCAGGAGUGAGGAUUCAUUUAGGGGAGACCAGGAUUGGUUGUCACAGUGUUGCACAAUAUUAGUAAUGAAAUUAUAUUAUCGUGAGCGACAAAAAAAUAAAAAAAAUCUACAUUGUAUUCAGUGUACAGUGUCGUCACUUUAUGUUUGAUUUCCAAAUUUGGAAGUCUUCACUAUUUUUUAAAGGACUUUUACACAAUAGAUUUCUAGUUAUGAAAGUUACUAUUAAAAAGUAUGAAUACAAAGCUAUAGUUUUGAUUCAUAUUCUACAGCUAGUCAGUUGCUUGCAAGCCGUUAGUUGAGCUUUUAGCAAAAAUCCCAAAUUGGGGUUGGUUGUCACAAUUUGGAUGGGGACUGUUGUCACACUAUCAGAAGUUCAAAGAAUUUAAAUGUUUUUUAUUGUCACUGCGACAAAUUUUCCAUCAGCUCUCAGUGAUGUACAACGUAAUAAUGGAAUGAGAGAAAAAAACUAGAAAAUAAUAGUAAUUUAAGGCAGUAAAAAAUGUAGUGUAGUGUAUGUUGACGUUCCGUUCUGGCCUAAUUUAAUUUUGUGUUUGUGUCGGAUACCUUUAAAAGAGUGCGAUAAACUCUUAUUAUUACACAAUAACCUGAAAAAUGGAUCUGAUGAUCUAUCCGUUAAAGCAACUUGAUAUAUACCUGUUCUAAUUCAUUUGAAAUAUUACAACACUUAAAUUUUAUUCGGAAGAUUCUUUAUAUUUUAAAGAAAAUCCAUUUAAUUAAAUCGGUCACAAUGAGAAUGGUUGUAACAAAGUGUAAGGCUGUCUUUAAAUGAUAAUAAAUUACUUUUACCGAAUUAAAAAAAUGAAAAGGAUGUUAAAUCCAACCCAAGAUGAGGAGCUUCCUUGUCAUUAAUGAAUGACUAUGCCAAGAAGAAGAAAAAGAUAUUCAUGAAUGAGUAAAAAUUGUGACAUCCAAUCGCGUUCUCCCCUACUCAUUCCAUACUCCUGAAUUUUUUUAUGGACUAUCUAAAAAUCUCUACGGUGAUUAAGGAAUAAAAAGUUAAUGAGCCUAAGUGUUUAAAAGUCAGCAUCUCACCUAUGUUCACUGCGCAGCGGCAUAGUACUGUCAUGGCACUGCCACUCAUCCCUCGUGUCCAGCAGGUUGC